AUGAAAAUUGCUCGUUCUUUAUUCCAACUACUUUUCAACUGUGUUUUCACAAUUUUUGAGCUUGAUUUUACUGUAAUUAAUCCACAAAUGAUCCAAUUAUUGUUUGAUGAAGAUAAAACAAAUAUGCCUUUACAAAUACAUUCACAACAAGUCGAUCUAAUUCUUUACGAGAAUCAUGUUUUCGACUUUGUUUUGAAUCAUCUGAUUUCUAAUGAAUUUAGAUUGGAUAUUGGAUGUGGAAUAGUAUAUGAUUUGGAAAAAAAUUUGGACGUUUUAUUCAAAAUUGUGGUGAAUGGAGGAGAAAGCAAAUUUUCCACGAUUACUUGUUCAUUUAUUGAUUCUAAAUUUUACAAUUUUAUUAUGGAGCAAAUAUUAGAAGCAUCACAAGAUUUUUCUAAAAUGGUGAAGAAAAUUAAAUUUGAUUAUAUGCGUGGACCUCGAAUUUCAAGUAAAAGAGUAGAAGAAGCAGAAGAUUAUAACAUUUUUAUUUACACCUAUGGUAAAACAACAGAAUUUAAACUUUUCAAUAAACACGAUCCAAGAAUUACAUUUUUUAUAUCGAUUGAAGAAUAUGAAGGCCGGGAUGAUGUUGAAGUUGUAAUUGAGAGAUUAUUAAUUAAUUUAUAGACUUGUUAGAGAUGCCAAUUUCCAAAAAUUUUUUCGAGAUUCUUACAGUGAAAGA